UAGAACCGUCGAAAGCGGUCUAACGUUCAGUUGAUGUCUUCUUGGCAGCAUUGACGGUUAAGAACCGAAAGGAAUCGCGGCCUGGAAAGUUGAAAAAAAGUCAAAAAACAAAAACGGAUAAAAGCGGAAACGGAUUUUAACAUCUGAAACGAAAACAAAAAUAUCACAGAAGACACUAUGACUACCUAUAUGCGAGACUUCAACGAACGAUAUGUAACUCUCUCCAAGGGAGUGGACGAAACCAUCGACCGCUGGUUCCUGAUGAGUUCUCCCGGUCCGGUAUUUAGCAUUGUGGCCGUGUACUUAUUGUUUGUACUAAAAAUCGGACCUGCAUUUAUGAAGAAUCGUAAGCCAUACCAAUUGAAGAAUAUCAUGAUCGUAUACAACGCCUUCCAGGUCUGCUAUUCCAUAUGGAUGUGUCGCACGUCCAUCCGGGAAGGUCGCAUAGCCGAAACGCUAAUGUCCAAAAAGUGCGAAAUCUACAGAACUCGCGAACAAAGCCUUGAUUUAUAUUCGGGAGCGUGGUUCUAUUUCUUCUCGAAGAUCAUUGAUUUACUGGAUACCGUUUUCUUCGUGCUGCGUAAGAAGCAGAAUCAAGUGACGUUCUUGCACGUCUACCACCACACCAUUACCGCUCUUUUCUCCUGGAUGUACCUGAAAUAUGCCCCUGGCGAACAAGGUGUGGUUAUUGGCAUCCUGAACUCGGGUGUCCACAUUGUUAUGUACUUCUAUUACAUGGUCGCCGCCAUGGGACCCCAAUACCAGAAAUACCUCUGGUGGAAAAAGUACAUGACCAGCAUUCAGUUGAUCCAAUUCGUUCUUAUCAUGGCCUACAUGGUUACGAUUGCCCUCAAGGGUUGCAACAUGCCAAAGUCGUUGACAUUCUUCUUCAUUGCCAACACCAUGAUCUUCCUCUACCUCUUCGGCAACUUCUACAAGCGAACCUACAAGACCAAGGAUGGCGGAGCCACGAACGCCGCCCUCAGAGCUGCCAACGGCUUGGGCUGUGUUCCAUCCAAAGCAUUUUUGUCACAGGGUGACCAAAUGAAACGACUAAUCGACAGUAACAACAACACAAUGAAAUCGACCAAAGCCGAGUAGAUGGAGUCCGUGGUGUCCGGGGGGUUUUUAUUUUUUAAAUAGUUCGCCUAAGUUAAACUAGUUAUAAGCCAUCUUCGAAAUGUGUGUCUUCAAUCCGCUUUAUUUUUCCCGUUUCUAUGUUUAUUUAAUGUUGUUUAGUUACUCCCUAAGUAGGUUUGAAUCGAGCACCCUUCCUUUCCUCUCUCUCUCUCUCUCUCUCUCUCAGUCAAAUUCUUUCUUCUAAAUUUUGGAUAAGUCGCCAACCCAUGUCCUCUACCGGAGCCAAGGUGGCUGGCGGCACUUUGUGAGUGAAUGUGAUAUGUAUGUCUGAUUGUUUGUUUAGUCUGUAAAAAAGGUAUGUUUGUAAAUUGUGCGGAUAUAUGAGGCGGUGCAACAUAGACACAGCAGUACGAAUGUAAGUUUGUCGUUCCGGUUCCUUGGGCGGGGAGGAGCCACGUAGAGGCCAUGACGCACACGCUGAACCGAGCAAUCGUUUUGAACCGAAUACACAUAUGAACACACAUACAAUGUAUGUAAGCAUGUAACACUUGGAUGAUACAUGAGUAUACCUAUGUAAAUGUAUGUAAGCUGUUGUUCUUAAGCUAUGCCAAUAAAAAGGAAUCGAAUUAUUAUUGUUAUUCUAA